GGAUUAGCCUCAGUUGCAAGCUAGUUCCAGUCCAAUACCGGGAAUACAUAUAUGGCCAAUUGUUUGCGUCAGGGAUGGACAGGACAUUUCAGCGUGAGGAUCUUGGUAGGCACGGGUUUGCCUGCAAAAUAGUUCCUGAAUACUCUGAGGCGAAACAGAAAACAUUCACGGGAUGCAUGCACAGAAGAGGAACAAAAAAAUUCCCAAUAAAAGCUCAAAGCAUCAUACCAGCACCGUCAUAUUUUAAGUACGCUGGCUAUGCAGAACUAAACGGUGAAGAGUGCGCCAAAUGGGAACAUUCGUUCACAAUUUACGAUAAAGUCAACACGUACACAUUAUACACAACUAAAACCCGACCGCCAAGACCUUUGCGAUACGAAAUGAUGGGAUAUGAUACGUUACUGUCAUCUUACUAUGAUCACUACAUCCUGGAUUACCACGAAUUUGAAGCUUGGAAAUUCAGUUAUAAAGUAUUUGAUAUUCCAACAGGUAUGUUGCCAGGCUGACUUCUCAGGCGCUCGGAAGUCGCUCGAUCUUUGAGGAGGGGGUGAAAGCCAGGGACCUCGGGCCAACUAAGAAUUAGAUUAGUAUCUUUAGGUGGGUUUUAAUCUCGUCCCAGGGCUUGCGCGUUUUCGGUCAGCAAAGGCCGAACGUCCGGUGCCCUUCAGACAAAAUCAAAAAGCGGAAACAGAACUUACUGGUUCCAGUUUAAUUGCACGAGGCUUCUAGGUUGAGUAAUGGUUACUGAAAAUGUGACCGGAGCCUCCGCCGUAGGUCUCGAAUAGCUCUUGCUUAACUUUCAUCAAUUGUAUUUAACAACUAUUCGCCGAAGGCGAA